CUUGAGGUGCCGCGCGCGGCGUCGCCGCCGCCGUUGCUGCCGCCGUCGCGAACGAGGAUACCCGACCGACCUCGAAAGUGUAACACGCGACUGCAGACGCGCCGAAUUACCGUUCCGUUCUCCUCCCAACUUAAUUUCCCUCGAGGGUAUCUGCAGUAGAGUCGCCAGAAUGUCCAAGGCCGCAAAAGGUGGUGCUGGUGGUGUUGAGCAGGUGGUGAAGCUCAUUGUCGGCGCCGGUCAGGCCAGCCCGAGUCCCCCGGUCGGUCCGGCCCUUGGUUCCAAGGGCAUCAAGUCCAUGGACUUUUGCAAGGAGUUCAACGCCAGAACCGCCCAUAUCAACACCGGUACCCCUAUGCCCGUCCGUGUUACCGUCAGGCCCGACCGCUCGUUCCACUUCGAUGUCCGCACCCCUCACACAUCAUGGCUUCUGCUCAACGCCGCCGAGGCCCCGAUAGGCAAGGGCGGCAAGAGAAAGGGCGCCAGCAACCCCGGCAAGGAGGUUGUCGGCACCGUCAGCCUCAAACAUGUCUACGAGAUUGCCAAGAUCAAGCAGUCCGAGCUCCGUCUAUCCGGCCUGCCCCUCGAGGGCCUCUGCAGGGCGGUCAUCUACCAGGCCAGGUCGAUCGGUAUCAACGUUAUCCCCUGAAAGAGGCUAUACGCUGAAAGACAUUAUACGGGCUUGGGGGCACGAAGGCGUUACGGUUGUUUCUUUUAGGUGGAUAGACCACGGCAUUGUUACCAAUAUUGGAUGCGGACUAUAGCCAUAGCUUGUGGCUCUGUGUAUCUUUGCUUGUAUCAUUAUUGUAUGGCAAAAUCUCAAAAUGCACAGCGGUGCCUGGAGCUGUUGGUUGGUCCACGGAGUAUGAUCGUUUGGGAAAGGCUUCCACAAAAGGGUGCUGAUGGCAGGCAUGGCAUAUAUGGGCAUUUGCCGGUUUGCGUUUGCAUUGCCUCAACGUACUCCAGCUUCGUCAACCUUGGCUCACAUAGCUUGUGUUUGUGGAACACGCAGGCGUAUGACGAGGAUCUGUCUCUGUAGGAUUAAGUUUUAAGGUUGGCGGUCACCAAGGUAGACCGCCCAACGGGUAUUAUGCUUACCUGAAUGUAGGUGAGAUGUGUUUAUAAUGCUUUUGGCUAAGCUGACUGCAAGACAAAUCACACACAUAUAUAAAAAGGGGUUUUGU